GCCGCGAAGCGUGUAAACGCGAACAAUCCCGCGCAGAAAAUUGCUAUACGAGCUACUGUCCGCUGUGAAUAUUAAUAAAUCGACGAGUGAGUUUCUCGGCUGUACAGACAUCGCAUUGCAAAUAACAGGCGGCGAUAGUCCAAACGCAGUAUCGGCACGUUUGUUUUCCUUGGAUAGCCGUCUGUGUGUUUGUAGAGAAUUUACCAGCUGUAACUUCAACGAACCGAGCGCUACCAGAAUACUCGAAUAAAAAUUAGUGAAAGUUACUGUGCGCUAUUUGCCUAUCAUUUCGAGCAAAGACGCGUGCUGCCGAUCGCCUCAAGAGACGUUUUUUCUUCUUCCUCCCUUCCUUCCUUCCUUCCUUCCUAUUGCGUUUAUUAACGCGACGUGCAAAAGCACUUUCGUCCGAUGGCAACGCUCGCUCAAAUAUUUCAAGGAUAUUUCGUCGAAAUUACCGGCGGGACAAGAAACUCCGUAAGAAACUGCAGCGCACAGUGCGCUGUUCGGACUGGCUAAAGUCUAAAGCACCCUGCGAGAUACACUUUCGUUCAUGACCAUUCGCCGGGCGAUAUCCGAACCGGCGAACCGUAGUUCAGGCCAUGCUGAAGUCAUUCGCGCGCUGCUGCUACUCGGAGAAACGUAGCGCACAUGGGUGCGCUGCUCGGUUUCACUCGCCAUUUCUUCCGGGACGGAUCUUCGGCGAUAAAAAGGCUCCUCGGCGUGUGAAGGAGGCUCGUUAAUAAACUCCUGCGAUACCAGCAGCGCUUUCGCGACGCGUCGUUCAAAGGACGUUGCCGCGUCGCUCGCAUGCGAUGAGAUAACAGCGGGCUUGGCGUGGCUUCGUCUGAGCGAAAACUGCGUGAGAAAUCGACCGAUCGACCGAACGGGAGCGAUCGUAAGACUUCGCCGGGCGAGUGAUUCGGAGAAUUCGAUCUGGGUAACCAUGUCGUGGGUGCCACCGAGCUUGGCGGAACUCUGUGCGCCGCUCUCGACGGUCUCGACGUGUCAACCCUCGGCAUACCUGUUCUUGGCCUUCAUAGCGCGGCUCUUCGGCUACUCGACAGACCACAACUACCCUGUGCUGGAGAGCUUCCCGCGCUACUACUACCAGCCGUCCGCCGCUUGGGAUUGGAAUGCAUUCGCCAUGUCGCCAACAGUCGCAAGGUACAGCGACCACCCGGAAGACUUGAGGCGGUAUCGGCAGGAUGAACAGGCCUUGAUACUCCUGCCGCUGCAAUCGCCCUUCAAAGUCUCCUAUAAUCCGGGCAUUUACGUCCCCCCCAGCUGGAAGAGCCAAAUAAACUAUCAGCCCCGACGAAGGUCCAUCUCGGUGAGAUCGAAGUUCGCCGAUUUUCGUGGCUCGUCCAACGCGAGAGAUCGGCACGUUGGAAACCCGAGCGAGCGGUUUUACAAGCUGAGGACGGGCAAUCCAAGCGUUCAAACUCCGGAAUUCUACGAGGAAGCUGCCGGGACCGCCAACGGUUAUCACGGCGUGGCGAGAUUUCCGCGACCCAUCGGAUUCCGGCCAGAGCAGUACGACUUCGUCAUCGUCGGAGCGGGCUCGGCCGGCUGCGUGUUGGCGAACAGGUUGAGCGAGAUCGAGGGAUGGCGGGUGCUGCUGCUGGAGGCCGGAAUAGAAGAGCCGUUAGUCGCGGAUGUCCCGGCAUUUGCUUCCAUGCUGCAAGCGAGCAACAUCGAUUGGAUGUAUCGCACGCAGCCGGAGAAGCACUCGUGCCGAUCCCGCAGAGGGGGUGGGUGUCCUUGGGCCAGGGGUAAGGUGAUGGGCGGCUCGAGCUCGAUCAACUACAUGAUAUACAUACGAGGCAACCCGAAGGAUUACGACGAGUGGGCCGAGAGUGGAAAUGACGGAUGGAGCUUCAAACAAGUGCUUCCAUACUUCCUCAAGUCCGAGAACAACGAGGAUCCGGAGGUCGUAAAGGAGAAUCCACAUUAUCACAGCCGAGGUGGUUACCAGAACGUCGAGAGGUUUCCCUACGUCGACGCGAAUACCAAAAUUCUGAUAAACGCGUGGGGCGAGUUAGGAUUCGAUCUGGUGGACGCUAACGCCGGCGGGCAGAUAGGGGUGCAACAUCACCAGAUGACGUCCAUUCGCGGAAUGCGACAGAGCACAAACGGAGCGUUCAUCAGGCCCAUCAGGCGCAAGAGACGAAACUUGCUGAUCAAGACGCGCGCCCACGUGACGAAAAUCCAGAUCGACCCGAGGACGAAGCGAGCGAUCGGGGUGGAGUAUCUGAGCGCCACCGGCUUCGUGAAGGUCGCCUUCGCGCGCAAAGAAGUGAUCCUGUCGGCCGGUGCGAUCAAUUCGCCGAAGAUCCUGAUGCUGUCGGGCGUGGGUCCUGCGGAGGAGCUGGCGAAGCACGGCAUACGUGUGUUACAAGACUCCGCAGUGGGUCGAAACCUUCAAGACCACGUCACCAUGGACGGCCUCUUAAUCGCCGUCGGCAACCUAACGGCCACGACCAAAGACAACGCGAUGAAAAUGAAGGACGUUUAUCACUACAAGAAGACCCACGAAGGCCCGUUAGCCGCGACCGGGCCCUUAAGUUGCGGUGUCUUCGUGCAGACCUCCUACGCGCGUCAUCGCGGCCUACCCGACUUGCAAUUCGCCUUCGACGCCAGCAAUCAGAUGGACUACCUGCAUCAGCCCGCGGACUUCGCCGAGACCGCGGUAGAACCGCUGUCCUAUUACGACGCUAUUAACAUCAGACCGAUUCUGCUGACGCCCAAGAGCCGCGGGUUCGUUCUCCUCAACGACAGCAAUCCGCUUUGGGGCCCACCGCUCAUCUACCCAAGAAGCUUCACGGAGUACCCUGACCUGGACGCCAUGGUCGAGGGCAUAAGGAUGGCCCGAGCGCUAUUCGAGACGAGAGCUUUCCGCGAACACGGCCUGCGGCUCGUCGACGUGCCGUUACCAGCCUGCCGGCACUUCCGGUUCGACACGGACGAGUACUGGAAAUGUGUCACGACGGAGUACACCAGUACCAUCUACCAUCCCGUUGGAACUUGCAGGAUGGGUCCGGAGAACGACCCCGAGGCCGUGGUGGACCCGCGUCUCAAGGUACGCGGCAUUCAGGGUCUACGUGUGGUCGACGCUUCCGUGAUGCCGACGAUCGUCCGCGGCAAUACGAACGCACCCACAAUUAUGAUCGCGGAGAAAACUGCCGACAUGAUCAAGGAAGAGUGGCUGUGACGUCGGCCUUUAUCGUUCCGCCGUUCGGUAAUUGAUAUCUGCACUUGCAACUGCCGCGACGUGCGCGAGACCGCGUCGUCUUCUUCUAAUGCGCAAACCGCAAACAGUGCCAUUAGUACGAGAAGUGGCGGGUGUACGCGAUUAUUAUUGUAACAACAGAGUCUAUCGGCCACUAAGCAACACCCAGUAGACGAAAAUAAUUGGCUACUGUCGCUCAUUUCUCCUACGAUGCUUUCGCUUACCGAGAUAUGAUACCACAUUACUUGCUGAAUAAUGUUACCUUGCAUCAAUGAUAUUAAUUGCCACUUAUAAAUAGUCGUUACUUCUUCUGAAAUCACCGGACGAAUCGUCGCAACGACCGUCUAUUCAUAACUUUCCUGCGAACCUGCUGGCUGCGUAUUACACGUUUGUCGGCAGGAUAGAAAAGAGAGUGCGAUAGCUUGAGGUACCAACGUGUAAGCGCGAGCGGUUGCAUAUUAACAGGCUUUACGAGGUCACAAUCAUAACAGAUACGAAUUGGAAUUUGUGUAAAGUCCAACUAACUGCUUCGUAUAACUUAUGUCAUGUGCACGGAGAGAAACAUGUUUGGUCGAGUGAGACAACUUUUUAUCAGAGAUACACAAACGAUUCAGCAAUUUCCACCGAAGCUGUCAGAAUUUCGUCUACACUCUACCAAGAUUUCUCUCCCUGGCUGACUUGAACAGAGUUCCACUUUCAACUGAAAUUUCUGAAUCGUUCGUAUUCCAUCGGUUCAGCCGAGCAAACAUUUUUCUCCCUCUGUGUGUCUUCUGAACGCACUGUUAAUCGUAAAACGCACCUUUACGUGAUACGUAUAGCGUGCGUAAAUUAUCGAAACAAAUAAAACGUCAGUCCGUUGCAAUCGUGCUCUUUUGAACGCACGCAUCGAGUACUGUUGACACAGUCGACUAUAAUCGUACAUAUGUGUA